GGGGCUGAACGCUGUCUGGGAUGUUCGUAUCGAGCGCGAGCUCGAAAGAAAGCUGUUUGCAUACCAAUCGCCCUGGAAGAAGGCAUGACCAAAUUGGGGCUGCGAUACUUCAGGCUCUGGAAUGUAUUAGCUGAAAGUUGAAGCUUGCGGGACACAUAUUUUGCUUCUUGAGCUGUUUUCGGCCCGUUGUUUUAUCUGUGAAGAUAGUUGAUUUCAACCUCGAAGAAUCCGCUACCUGACACUUUUUGGAGUAGUUAUUGCCCGGAUCGCGCACGGUUGAGGACUAAACUGCAUUUUGGGGCUAAUGAAAAGGGGCGAGGACUGGGCGCAGCGAAGAGUCUACGAGCUUCACCCCUGACCCGACGGAGAGACAUUUUCAGGUACAUAUGGGGCACGGAGAGGUUUUGGCGAGAGGGACGGCCAUGGAGGGGGACUGCCUCAGCUGCAUCAAGUACCUGAUGUUCGUCUUCAACUUCUUCAUCUUUCUGGGCGGCUCCUUCCUGCUGGGGGUGGGUAUCUGGGUGCUGGUGGACCCCACCGGCUUUCGGGAGAUUGUGGCCGCGAACCCCCUCCUCUUCACGGGCGCUUACAUCAUCCUGGCGCUGGGGGGCAUGCUGUUCCUGCUGGGCUUCCUGGGCUGCUGUGGGGCCAUCCGCGAGAACAAGUGCCUCCUGCUGUUUUUCUUCAUGCUCAUCCUCAUCAUUUUCCUGGCAGAGCUUGCCGCCGCGAUCUUGGCCUUCAUAUUCCGGGAGCAUCUGACCAGAGAGUACUUCACCCACGAGCUCAAGAGGAAGUACCAGGGCUACAAUAACACCGACGUGUUCACCUCCACGUGGAACGCCAUCAUGACCACGUUCGGAUGCUGUGGGGUGAACAGCCCGGAGGACUUCGAGGACAGCCUCUUCAGGCUCAUGAACCCGAACGAUGUGGUGCCGGAGGCCUGUUGCCAGAGGAACGAUCACCCUGGAGACGGAGCCCACAUUAGCCGGGAGGAGUGUCUCAUGGGCAGCAUGCUGUUCCGCAACAACAAGGGCUGCUACUCAGCGGUGGUGGACUACUUUGAGACGUACAUCUAUUUGGCCGGAGCCCUGGCCAUUGUGGUGCUGACAAUUGAACUCUUCGCCAUGGUGUUCGCGAUGUGCUUGUUUAGAGGGAUCCAGUAGAAUGGCCGCACUGUACAGGAGGACUUUUCAAAAGGGAAAUUGUGGUGAACGGAAAAAAAAAACAAAACAAUUCUUGUAAAAUAUGAAGGAGACAUCUUUAAUGUUGUUCUUUUUUACAAAGACAAAUUGGAAAAGAAAAAAAAAAGAAAGAAAGAAAAAAAAAGGUUGACAGUGACCGAAACGAUUCGUACUUCUCAGCUGGUCCUUUGAGGUACUGGAUACACUGUAAAGGAAAAAAGACUGAAAUGAAAAAGCAAGCAAGCAAGCAAAAAAAAAACAAAGAACACACAGAAGACAAAAAGCAACAAAAAGCGAGUUUGAGAUACGAGCGUCCGGAGUCCUGAUGUCGUUGAGCGGACCAGACGAAGCAGGAAACUGCCGAGUCCCCAAAGCAGGAGAACAAGGAGAGCACGGAGAGCAAGGCACUGCACUGACCCUUGGAUGAAGAAUAUUUAUACUGAUGGAAGUUGGCUUUAGCUGUAUAGACGUACGUGUUUGAGUACCGUGGCUGUACCCCACAACCCCUAACCCCCUGCCCCCCCCCCCCCCCCCUCCCCUACACACACCUGCCACUUUUGUUUUUCGCUGUAUGAAAUAAAUACCAGCUCAGAACUGUCCCAACAGAUGAUGGCUGUGUGCCCCCCCCCCCCCCCCCCCCCCCCCCCCACACACCUAAGCUUGAAGGCCAACCUCUGGUGCAUUUUUCUGUUGUUAUUGUUGUGAUUUGUUCAUCGCUAUAAUAACUGUAAUGUGACUUUAGCUGAAAUGUAUCUGUUUGCAUUUGUAUUAGAAUCUAUAAAAAGAUAUAAAUAAUAUUAAAAAGUUGUUCUGUAA